UUUUGUUUAGACCGAGUUUGUCGCAGUCAAAAAGUUGCUGCUCAAUCGUCAAAACAUUUUACACUGACAAACAAAUUGUACUGCUCUCGGCUGACACAAGAAUGUCAAAUUUAAUAGUGGCUAGUUUUGGAUACUGAAACCCCAUCGAAACCCCAUUGCAAGACCUCAAAGAUGACUUUAAGAAGGAUCGCACGGCUGUUGUGCAGAAGCCCCAGGCUGCACCGCCAGUUCAUCACUAGACGGGCGCUGGCCUUGGGCCUGUGGCGUCCCACUAUCGAAGGACACAGUUCGGAGGUUGGAAGGACGGACACUGCAGAAUGCAGUGCAGGUUUUUUGAGAUUCCUAACGCACUCCUUCAAUUCGUCUUUGGCUUACGUUGCGCACCGACACUACUCGACGCAGCAAAAGACGUCAACGCAGAUCCUAUCCAAGCUCUUUCCCCAGACCAGCGUGGAGUACGGCGAAGAGGAGAGCUGCGAGCAGCGCCAGCGGGAGGAGGAGGAGUUAAGGGAAAUGGAGCGCUCCUGGAAGCGGAUGCAGCAGGGCUUCGGACUCUUUAGCGUGGGCGGCAUACUCUUCUCCCUCUGGGCCUUAUACUACUUUGGCCAGCCGGCUCUAGACGAGCAGGGAAACGAGGUCUAUGAUGAGUUUAGCAGUUUGCCAUUUCUGCAGCAGUAUAUUGCUCGAAGUUGGAAGUCUGCGCACCAAUUCCAGCGAUUUAUCCAGGAGCCAUCGAGUCUGAAACUGCUUCCCGACCCCCUACAGCCACCCUACGUCCAACCAGCUUAUACUCUGGUGCUGGAGAUAAAGGACCUUCUGGUGCACCCGGACUGGACGUACGAAACGGGCUGGCGCUUCAAAAAGCGUCCCGGCGUUGACCUUUUCUUAGAGGAGUGCGCCAAGCAUUUCGAAAUCGUGGUUUACACCGCAGAGCAAGGAGCCACGGUGUUCCCGAUCCUGGAAGCUCUUGAUCCCAAGGGAUAUAUUAUGUAUCGCCUGGUUCGGGACUCGACGCACUUCGUUGAGGGACAUCAUGUGAAGAACCUGAACAACCUCAACCGAGACCUCAAGCGAGUGGUGGUCGUGGACUGGGAUAGAAACACCACCAAGCUCCAUCCCUCAAACUCCUUUGCGAUACCGCGCUGGUCAGGAAACGACGACGACACUACCCUGUUUGAUCUAGGGGCAUUUCUCCGUGUCCUGAGCACCAACGGAGUCGAUGACGUCCGCGAAGUGCUGCAGUACUACGGACAGUUCAGAGAUCCCAUAUCACAGUUCCGGGAGAACCAGCGAAGGCUCGAAGAGCAAAUGCAGGCAGACGAGCUGGAAAAGAGCUGCAGGUCAAGGCCGGUGGUCAAAAAUUGGGCGCGUGGCUUCCAGAGGAAUUAAAACAAGUGUUCCUUAUAAUUUCAUUUCAUAAACUACAAUAAAAGUAAUUUAAACCA